AUGGUUUCCUUGUAUAAUGAAAGAGUCAUUAGUAACAUGAAUAGCACUUUUACCAAUUAUUUGUUGAAGCUGUUGUUUGAGUAUAAACCUAUUGCCUUUAACUUUUCUGACAUGUGUGAAGGAAAUGUUUCCUUUAUUUCUUUUUACACCUCAAAUAUCGCAACACAUUUCGCACCUUAUAUGAUUCCUGUAUUCAUUAGAAGAGGUUGUAUUAAUAAUAUUAACAACGUUUUGAUAAACAAUGAAUCUACAGUUGCAGAUAGAUUCUAUGCUUAUUCAGCAUUGAAUAAAAUAUGUUCAAACAUACACGCAAUCAAUUAUCUUAAGGAAAAUAAUUUUACAAAUGAAGAACAGAUUGAUUUGGAUUUAAGUGAAAUGAUUAUACCAUUUAAAAAAUUGUUAAAUACUUUAGUAGAACCAAAAAAGAUUAUCACAAUUAAUAAACAAAAUCCUGAAGGAUUGGUUGAACAUAAACAAUACGAUGAGUCGGAAAUCAUAUUUGAUCAAAAGAUAAAGGCAUUUGAAAACUUAUUAAAUUCUAUUAAACCAGAGGAUAGGGAAUUGACAUACGAUCAAAUAUCUAAAAUUGUAAAAGAUAGUAAUAAGUAUAAAUCAAUACAAUCACAAGAACGAUUAUCUAAGGCUCUAUUACUACUACUACAAAAUAACAACAAUGUUAAUAAGAUAAUCGAAAAUGAGUUGGAGCAUUUUAGUAACGUUCCAAUAAUUAAGUCAUCUGAGUCAACAAAUACUAGCGUAACUGAAUUGUGUCCAGUAUUAAUUAAUUCAAUUCCGGAACUGCUUGUACCAUUUCAACAAAAAUGGUUGAAAGAAUAUGCUGAUGAAAUUAAAUCCGCAACAAUUUUAUUCCAGUCAUCAUUGAUGUACGCUCUUAUAAGAGGAUUAUUCGAUUCGCUAUCUCCGGGGCAAUCAAGAUUAACGAGCCUUAGAAAUGGGAUUGUUCACGGCAUUAAGUGUUUCAGAGGAUUAGCAAUAUUUGAACUUAUAUGUAUUAUACAAAAUAAAAUAAUAUACUCCAAGGUCUACUUUGAAAACGAAAAGAAGAAAGAUGCAUUGAUAAUGAGUUUUCUUUUAUCACUCAGUACUUUUGGUUCAUUGGCUGCAAUAAUGUCGACACAGAGAUAUUGUAAGAUUAUUAUCAUCUGA